CUUGGUGACCAUGUCGUUCCCUGGUUUUGCGUGAACGCUCUGAAGGGGCAAAUACUCGGCUUGUUUCUGCCGGUUCUUUAAAGCGAACAGCAGCGUAGUUGUACAGCGAGCAACUAUGGGAUCCAGGAUUAAGGAAAAUCCAGAGAAGAUAUUUGAAGUGUAUGCUGAAGUAACCCAUCCUGAAUCCAGUGGUUCAGAUCCUGAGGUGCGGAGACAAUUCCCUGAGGACUACAGCGACCAGGAAGUUCUGCAGACAUUGACCAAGUUUUGUUUCCCUUUCUAUGUGGACAGCCUUACAGUCAGCCAAGUUGGCCAGAACUUUACAUUUGUACUCACUGACAUUGACAGCAAGCAGAGGUUUGGAUUCUGUCGCUUAUCUUCUGGGGCCAAAACUUGCUUCUGUAUUCUAAGCUAUUUACCUUGGUUUGAAGUCUUCUAUAAGCUUCUGAACAUCUUAGCAGAAUACACUGCUAAAGGGCAGGACUGUCAGUGGAAGGAAUUGCUGGAAACACUCUACAACCUUCCGCUUCCAGAACCAGGCUCAACUGUUCACUUAAGUGUGCAUUCGUAUUUUACCACACCUGAUACCCGGGAACUUCCUAGUAUACCUGAAAAUAGAAACCUGACAGAGUAUUUUGUAGCUGUAGAUGUCAACAACAUGCUCCAUCUUUAUGCUAGUAUGUUGUAUGAACGGCGAAUCCUCAUCUCCUGCAGCAAACUAAGCACUUUAACAGCCUGCAUCCAUGGGUCAGCAGCUAUGCUAUAUCCGAUGUUUUGGCAGCAUGUUUACAUUCCUGUCCUUCCUCCUCACCUAUUGGACUACUGCUGUGCUCCAAUGCCCUACCUCAUAGGAGUGCAUUCUAGUUUAAUGGAGAAAGUGAGGAACAUGGCCUUAGAAGAUGUUGUGUUACUAAAUGUGGACAACAAUACACUGGAAACACCAUUUGAUGAUCUUCAAAGCCUUCCUAAUGAUGUGCUGUCAGCUCUAAAGAACAGACUUAAGAAAGUAUCAACAACCACAGGUGAUGGAGUUGCUCGUGCAUUUUUAAAGACUCAAGCGGCUCUGUUUGGCAGCUACAGAAAUGCUCUGAAGAUCGAACCUGAGGAACCUAUAACCUUUAAUGAAGAUGUCUUUGUAUCACACCGCUCGAGUGCCAUGAGGCAGUUCCUGCAAAAUGCAAUCCAGCUUCAGCUCUUCAAACAGUUCAUUGAUGGCCGACUGGAUCUCUUGAAUUCUGGGGAAGGAUUUAGUGAUGUGUUUGAAGAAGAGAUAAACAAUGGUGAAUAUGCAGGAAGUGACAAAUCUUAUCAUCAGUGGCUGUUAACAGUGAAGAAAGGAAGUGGAGCCAUCAUAAAUACAAUGAAGACUAAGGCAAAUCCUGCAAUGAAGACAGUGUACAAGUUUGCAAAAGAUCAUGCAAAAAUGGGAAUAAAAGAAGUGAAAAAUCGUUUGAAGCAAAAGGAAAUGGCAGAAAAUGGCUACUCUGUAGCAGGAGAUGAUGUCCAGCCGAAGACUAUUACAUCCCCCAUGUCUGAGAAGAAAGAAGGCAAGCAGCGAGAGGACCGGCGACCAAUAACAGUGCACUUUGGGCAGCCAGAGAAAGUCCCUCCACCUCGCCCACCACCUCCAAAGACAAACAGUGCUACUUUGCCCGCACGUCCACCAAGACCACCAGUUAAGAAGCCAAGAGGCAAUGCACUGCCAGUAGAGUCUCGAAUAUCCUCCAUUUCAAGCCCAGAGCACAUCGUAAGACCUACACGACACUACACAGUCUUCCUUUCUGAGGAUUCCUCUGAUGAUGAACUUCACCAUGAAGAGGACUCUGUAUCUGCCUUCUCUGAAAGCUUUCUCUUCACUUCUUUUGAAUGGCCCCAACCAUAUAAAGCUUUAAAGGAAUCUGAUAUAGCUGAUGGAGAGGCCUUGGUUACAGAGAAAAGGACUGGGUCAACUAUCUUUCCUAACCUCUCCAUGCCGGGCAGGAAUAUAGAUGUGAAUUUGUUGGAUGACAUUUUCAGCAGUAUAAAGAUAACCUCACAACACCAGCCCCUCAGCCAAGCCAAAAGUAUGGAAGAUCUGAGGACACCUAAAGAGGAAGAAGUAGAAAAUCCAUUUGGGCAUCAGUGGAAAGUAAUGACUUCAGCUGAGAAGAGUAAGACCAUGUCAGUAGGACUGCAUCAUACUCUGCCUCAUACAAAGUUACGCAGCACGGGUCAAGAUGACAUGGCUCUAAGUAUCAAGUCUAUCAGUAGCUCAUCGCCUGGCAACAUUCAUUUCGAAAGUUUCUUCACUGGGAUUGAUGCUGAGGCUUUGAAGAGGGACAGUGCUUCCAAAACAAUUUCAAGUGGACAAGGCAGCAUUACAAUCCCAAGGCCUCAUGGUAGGAGGUCAACAGAGAAAGGAAUAGUGCUUCCGCCUCCAGUAGCUGUCAGUCGAGGCGUCAAACAGUCAGUAUUUCCAGAAGUUAAUCAAGUAUCAACAGUAUUACGGGACAGUUCCAGACAAGAUAGAAUUGUCUCCAGCAUUGACCCAGCUUCAGAGAUGUUACAAGAAACAGUUGGUGUUGAAAAGAAACGUCAAGCACCAGACUUAAACCAAUCAUUGAAUUCAUCUCCUCAUCCAAUGUUAAGUUCAUCUGCUGUUGAUAUCCUGAAACCUAUUAAAAUCAGUGCCGAAAUGGAUAGGAGAAACGAUCUUUUAAGUCUUCUGGAUCCACUGAGUGCCAGUUCCAGUCUUGGUGGGAGCCAAUCUCCAGCUCCUAAAAGUUCAUUAACACCGGCACUGUUUUUGUCUUCACCUCCGGCUCCUAGUGGUUUCACUCCAUCAGGAUCUGACCUUGGAAUAAGUGCUCCACCAGCCUGCUUACAGUUCAGCCAAACACAAGGAUAUUCAACUCCCAGCCCAGCAUCAAUCGGUCAAUUUCCACAGCCACCAUCUUAUCCAUUUUCUCAAACAAUGCCAGCAGCUCUUCAUUUUUCUCCAAGGCAGCCCUCUGCAAGCCAUUUUGCUCCAACUCCAGCAUCUGCUUUUGUUUCAAGCUAUAUGCCUUCAAAUUCAGGUUUCUUCCAACCCCAAAUGCCUCACAGGAACUACUCAGCACCUUCCCUUCACCACUUGUACAGUCAGCCCUCUGCUAUCCCUCAGUCUGGUACGUUUAUUCAGAAAAGUGCAAUUUCAGCCAGCCUAGGAGGUAUAAGUUUUACGAAAACUGCAGGAAAGGCAGGUCUAAGUGUGGCUGAUUCCAGUCUAGCGGUGGGUGGCUCAACGAAAAAUGUGACUGAGCCACCAUUAGUCCCACCAAAGCCCCCCAAAGGUCUUGAAAGAAUAUUACAAUCAUCCAAUCCUGGCAAGGCUCAAGACCCAUUUACCGAUUUGCUUAAUGCAAAUAAGGAGGCAGCACCAUCACAAAGUAGAGUGGACCAGCUCAGAAAAAAAUGGGAGACCUUUGAAUAAAAAUAGCAAUUAAAAUGUUCCAAUAAUAGAGUGACAGAAGUAGAGCUUUUCUAAACUGCAGCCUUUGGGUGCCACGUGAAAAAGUAUCAGGUGUCAAGGGGUACAUUUAUAAAUGCUGGUUGAGUCUGGUUUCUCUUGUAAAGAAUUAUAAAGAAUGCAUAUUGUAUUAACAAAUGUUAUAGUGAACAGCUACUACACUACACUUCUACGUUCGUCAAGCCAUUUAUCAUGACUCGAGUGUGACCUGUUCUGUUUGGUGAUAAAUGUGACUUUUACAGUAAUUUUUCUGAUUAAGAAACACUCCAACAAAAUCGCUGACACUUGGAUUGAGGUUGCCUUGUUUUCUUGAUUCCUGAUGUUUCUUUUUGAAAGCUCAAUAAUGUCAUUGAUGUUUAAGUCACUUAUAGUAAUGUACUAAUAUUGCAACUCGCCGUUUCUCAUCAUUGAAACUAAACCUUUGCAUCAUGCUACAGCCAUUUAACUCCACAACUUGUAGCUAACAGUGCAGAUAUUAUGUUUGCUAUAUCUUUCUAUUGUGCUCUUGUGGAUCCUGUAAUAUUUUGGUAAUUAUAUGGGAUACCAUGCAAUGAAUGUUAUACUUAUCUAAAUUUUAUCAAACCAUUUGAGUUUUCCUACAUUACAGAGUAAAAUCAAUGCCUCCUGAAUGCAAACUUCUUUUUGAAACUGUUAAUUACGAUAAAUUAUUGUGAAAUUAAUGUAGAUGUACGUGGAUGAAACCAAAAAGGAAGCAAAGUAAUUCCAUACAACACUAUAAUCAUGCAUUUCUCUUACAGCUCAAUGUUGCUGCUGUGAUUCGGUCUUGUUAGUAAAGUAUUUAUACUGGCUUUGCUGUGGGAUAGAUGCUGUGUCUAUUGAGUGUACCUAGGCUAAUGGAUAAUUAGAUUUGUUUUAAAAAAUUCACAGCUCCAUAUCUAAUGUACAGCUACCACUAGUGGUAUUAGUAACAAGCAACUUUGGUUAUUAGAAGCAUAGUGAAGUGCAUUGCAUUCCAACUGGAGCAGCGCUCUUGCGGGUGUUCUAUAGUUGGGAAUAAAUGAUGCAAGCCUGUUCUUACCACUAACUGUUCAAACAAAAAUACCAGUGCACUGGGCAAUGGGAAAUCAGAAUCUUGUGCUAUUGCAGGAUGGUAAUCUUCAAAUAAUAAUAAGUCCUUUCAAGGCACAGAAAUGAAAUUUUUGAUGUGUUAAUCAGCUUUUGAACUCAUGCAGACUACGAAGUUCCACAUCUUCGUUUGCAUAAAGACAGUGUUCUUUAGCUUUUUGCAAAUAAUUUUGGUGAUGAUCAGAGGAGAACACCUUUUGAACUCCUUCAAAUUGUUAUAAAAAUUAUGCUGUAUCAUCAAUCUGACCAGAUUUUAGCCACUUCAGUUUACUAUGGUCAAGUAGUGUUUUGUUACCAUUGUGUCAAACAGUAAAGUUGCCUAAAAGGAAAUCUAAAAGUAUAGUCUAUACCUGGAAUCUCUGUUAACUCAUUUCUGAUUAUAUUCAUACAAAGAUAAUUUUGUUGCAGAUUGAGAAGAGAAGGUGUGUUAAUGUGCUAGAAUAAUUUUUUAUUUUUCUUCUGUCCAACGCUUAUAAAUUUGAAACUGCUUUUCCAGCUGCCAUUUAAGAAUCAUAUCUGACAUAUUCUGCAUUUCUUGAAUGGUACACCUAGUGAAAAGAGAUUAAAAAUCAAAAUUUCCAAUUAAGGACUGAGUAUAUCAAUUCCAAUUUUACUUCUGUUCCACAUUUGUAUUUGUUCAGCAAGUUACAGAAACAGUGUUGAUUAGAAAUUCAGAAGGUUUCCUUAGGCCAGCAACCUAUUCCUGGUAAUUUUCUUACCUUCAAUAAUAGCCCGAGCUGAACUGAAGUUUAAAAGCCAUCACUGAGUUAUACUACACAUGAAUUAUAUUCUUGCAAGUAAAGUAAUUGAUCAUGAAUUCAAUUGAAUUUUCACAAGUAUCAGUUCCUAGAUUUGAUAACAGUGACAAAUUGAGUAUUUAUAAAUUAUUGUAUAUUUACGUGUUACAAAGCAACGUUCUUGAUGUUCAUCCUUUCCCCAGUUUGAUCACAUUAGUUGAUAAUGUUUCUGAUAUUGAGUCAGUUUUCAUAUUUCCUCAGUAAAACUGGAUCUGGUGGUAUAGUUUCAUUGUCCCUUGUGUGUUCCAUUAGAACACAAUUGCCUUCAAAUGCACGCAGUUUUAUUAAGCUUGAAAAUUUAUUCUGCUCCUUGCAGUGCUCUGAGCAGGGGUUUUCCUGUGCCCAAAAGGAGGGGGUCACCUAAUCACAUUUCUUCAGCAAUGUUGAACAAAAGAUAAUCAUAAUGUAUACAAUUUGCAUAUUUACUGACUUUCAUUUCGGAUCAUGGGUGCACACACCCUCACAAAUGCACAAAGCCUCUCCUCAGCUGUUUAAAGAUUCAGCAAAUGUCAAUACAUUUCAUGACACAUUGUCACUCAGAUGAGUUCCAAUAAUUUAUAAGGUAAGGAUCAAAGUAGGUUUGUGAUCACUGCUACAACAUGAUACAGGUAUCGUAAAACACUUAUAUUUUCAGUAUAUUAUGUGCAUUUGCCUUUCAAAAUAAGUUAAUUUUCUGAUUUAUUGAAAUAUUAAAGGUGCACUUUUUGAAUUGAUCAUCAAACCCAAGUAUUAUCCAACUUUUAAUUUUGCUUUGCAUUUUUAAACAAUCUUCCACCAAGUACUUUCACAUGCGUUACGCAAGUAGCUGGAAACAUUAAGUGUUAUUUUUGCUAUUAAUGGUUGCCUAAUAACACAAACAGCCAAAACCUUUGUUUUAAUUUAAUUGCCAGGGCUUAUGAACGAAUGAGUUGAGACUUUUGGUAGCAUGAAAUAUUAACUUUUUUGUGCUGUUAGUAGGACAUCUAAAUGUUAAUAACUAAGAAUCAUGAUACAAAAUCACUCUAGGAUAAGCUUGCAGAUGAGUGCUCAGAGUUUCCUUUUAAUGUUUUACAUAGCAUAUUUUGCACUGGAACAUUACAUACCAAUGACAAUAAUGGGGAUAGUUUAGUUGGCAUAGAUACUCUGCAAUUGUACAUUGGGUUUGCCUUCAUAGCCAAAAUUCUUUCUCAUGUAUUAGUGCAAAAAAAGUGAUGAAAAUAUAUUGUUUUAGGUUCAUGAAAUUACAGAAGGUAAAGGUGCUACAGUUUAAUACUAAUGCACAUUUUUAUUCAGAUUAUUGUUUAUUUCAAUCCAUGCUUAAAGUGGCUGUAAAUUAAACAAAGAGUCAGUGUGAAAAUCUCUUCUCCAACUAAACUUAACUUUUUAAAAAAAAACUAGGAGUUGAUUCUAGAUGAAUAACUGAUUUCAAGGAAUUUCUGUAAAUCCUAUAAGAUCUCAGUACUGACACAGGUUGGAAUACUGUAAUGAUGCAGAAUUUAAAUGUUUCAAAUAGAUCUUACAUUCUGAAUGAUGUACAAUAUACUUUUGGGAAAAUCCAGCUUAAUUUGUAAUUCAGUGUUUUGUAUGAUGCUUUAUUCAUUUCUGUUAUUUGUCACAUAAACUGUGGUGCAUACACUUCCUGGGAAUUAGGCUUCCUUAUUAACUUGUGCCUCAAACAUUUGUGGAAUGUACAAUGCUUUGGUAGUCUGAAGCUAAUGUUAUAUGCAAAAUAGUCUCAAUGUUAGUGAACCUGUUAGAUUUAUCCUAAGUCAGUAACUCCUUACGUUGAUAAUAGUGAAGCCCAGGCAUUGUACAAUAUGAUGUAGGAGGCUCUAGUGUGUUUUCAAAUUCGUUAACGCUUGCACAGUGCUUUUGUAACUUGGCCAAAUAAGUUGCUGCUAAAUAAGUGUACCGAGUUUCUGAAUAUAUUGUAAAAAAAAAUAUUUUUGUUACAGCAGUACUUGUCAAGCAUGCAGUUUUGUUCUAUGCACCUACUUCUGUUUUAAUGUAUUUGUCAGUGAUACCGUGAACGUGUUUUAUGCAUUGAAUUUUAAAUUGUGCGGUCAAAAUCUUCAAGUUUCCCAAAAGGGUUUACUUCACAUAUUUAAUAACAGCAAAGCAGAUUUAAUAAGUGACUGUGAUGGUUUUUCCAGUGAGCUUCAAUCCAGACUGACUGCACAUAUAAGUAUAUCAUCAGUGAAUUUCAGCUGGCAUUAGCAUUAAACAAUAGCUGAUAUACCUUUACUUGUGAUUGGAGUUAUAGUACAUAUAGUAUUUGUAACUGAGGCCUCAGUGACACUUUAAUCUUAACUGCUAUUAGCAGUGUUUCCUCAAGUAUUAUAGAGGGCCCAUGGUUUUCAUAUUUAAGUACUUGUUUUUUUAUAGUUGAAGCUUACUCACAUUGGUCUCAGUUGAACUUUUUCAAAUAUCCAUUCAGGAACAUAAAAAUAUGCCAGGUGUUUAGUAUGGCCUAUUCAAACAAAAAGUGUAAUUGAGGUUAUCCCAAAACUGCAAAAGGCAGAUUUUUGAAGAAUUAGUCAAACUCCUACCCCUGAACUUAGAGUUCAUGAUCCAUGGCUAUUUUCCCAAAGUUGGCUGUAUGUACAAGUUUCUGCAUUUUUCUGUCCAAAGACACUGUUGAUUUCUGAAGAGAAUUGGAAUCAAAAAUUAUAUAGAUACUGGUUCACUGCACAUUUUACUACUAGUAAAAAAAAAUGUAUAGCACAGAAACAGCAGGGCUGAGAUUCAGUGCAAUAAUAUUUUUGUUCUGUUAUUGGUUCUGACUCAUACGACUGUGAACAAAUGACUUUUGUAAUUAAGAUGGUGGAAUGGAAUUGUAAAGUGACAGAGUGAUGCCAUGGGACUUGAAAGUAAUAAAAGUAAUGAU